ACGCCUAAACCUUACUCCACAGUUCAACCUUUAGCCUCCUUAGCGCACUCGGUUCUGGUUGAUCAUCAGUCACCUUACAACUAAGCCCGCACCUAGCCGGGUCUUGGACUUUCUUCCUUUUCAUCUCGCCAGGUACGCUGAGACGUGACUUCAUCUGGAUCAACACACACGAGGGGUCCUACAUGCUUUCGACCUCAUCAUCGUUGACCUUGUGUUCUGUAUAGAACGGCAAAAUUGCUCAUUCCCGCCAACCCCCCUCACCCGUGCGGUAACUCGCUGCGACAUAUCUCGCCUUUCCUUCUCCCGGCCAGAGUGCCUUGAUGGUCUAAACCCAGGCCGCUGGACACCAUGGCUAUGCCCAACAUGGGUAGUGAUUUCCAGCUCUUCUCCCCCGACAGACGAGAGUCUCAGUCAGAAUCAAUGCCCUAUUCCAAACCCGGCUCGGACGAUUCGGGUCAGGAUUGGACCCAGUGGAUGAGAUGGGAUGACAACGCCUUCGCCGAAUCCGCCAAGGAACUUUCUCAAUCGCCUCUCGACUUCCCAUUCACCUCGCCCAAUGCUUCGGUUGGACAGCAAAGCAUCGACAUGUUCCCGAAGAGCGACUUCUCCCCUGACGUCUCCCUGGACUGCGGCAACUUCCCCUUCUAUUCGUUUAUGGGCCAGGAUUCUGGCGAGGGACUGCCCUCUCAGACGCGAUCCAUUGGUGCGGCAGAGCUGCUGUCCGGAAACUCGACCACCUCGGGCUCCCCAAUGUCGCUCGAAGGCGCCGUGAAUCGCAAGCGCAAGUCCGGUAGCGAUGACGACGGCUCGACUGUUAGCGGCGCUGUUCUCCCGAACGGCAAGAAAAUGCCGGCCAAGAAACGAGCGCACAACGUCAUCGAAAAGAGGUAUCGCGCCAACUUGAACGAGAAGAUCGCUGAACUCCGAGACAGCGUUCCAAGCCUGAGAGGCUCGAAGAAUGCAAACGGCAACUUGGUUGAUGACGACGACGAGGGCGUGACCCCGGCCAGCAAAUUGAACAAGGCGUCCAUCUUGUCUAAGGCGACAGAGUAUAUCCGACACCUGGAGAUUCGGAACAAGCGCCUGGAGGAUGAGAACACCGCCCUGAAGAACCGUCUGCGCCAGGCGGACAAGGCGGUCGACCAGACGUUAACCUCCGCCGCAUCCGUAUCAUCGCCGAGCAACUGCACCGUGUCGACAGAAUCCGGUGCCAGCUCCUCUCCCAGCGUGUUUUCACAUGUGGAGGACUCCCCCAGUGAUCACUCGCCGAGCUCCAGUUACCCGCCCGAAGGUCUCAUGAAGGUUCCCGAUUCCUUCAAGCGCAUGCGUGCCGCGCAGCCAAAAGACGAUGCGUGGUCGCAGUCAUACAUCCAGUACCCAAGCAGCAACAACGGUAACUCGGGAGGACGCAAACGGUCUCAUUAUCCUAACAAGUACAUGCUUGGAGCUCUUGCCGGUCUGAUGGUUCUGGAAGGCUUCAAUAGUGAGAAGGACACCGAGUCCUCUUCCAAAGGUCUUCUGGCGCUCCCCGUCAACCUUCUCAGGAAUAUUCAGUUGCCCUCCAAUGCCUACUGGGCGACUGCCCUGCGAAGCUUCUGGUACUCGUGGCACGCCCGGGCCGUUUCUCAUUUCCUGGUCCUUGCCACGCUGGUCGUUGGAAGUGCAUUUGUGGUGUUCGUUUAUCUGUUCAACUCGGGCCAGAGCCGGCAGAAUCUCACGCCAAAGACCGCCCCCAAAUCCGAUGCCACCAUGUCAUCGAGCGACUACCGACGACAGGCAUGGCUCACUAGCAUCCAGCAAGUCGGAGUGCCGCGACAUACGUUCUUCCAUGAGUGGUACGUUGUCACCUCGCGGUGCUUUGAGUAUGUUCUUCGGUGCUUUAUGGGUUGGCAGCUCUACUCUUGGGCCACUGGCGUUACUGAGGAUGACGAGCGAGGCCGAGUGAAAACCUGGGAUAUCGCCAUUGACGCUCAACUUGCGGGCGGUGAUGCCGAAAUCAGUAAGAGCCGUCUAGUGCUCACGAUCUUUGCCGCCGGUACCCUCCCCCGGAGUCCCAUGAGGAUGAUGCUGAAGGCUCUUCAUUGCCGUAUCUUAAUGUGGCGUGUUGGAGUCCCUGGUUCGUGGACGUUCAAUACAUCCAACGAGGUGGCUCGCACUUUGGCACGGUACCAGUGGGAUCUCGCCCGGAAAAUGAAUGCAUCGCUGUCGAAGGAUGAUCCAGAUGCCCUCCCGAGCCACCUUGCGGCUUUGCUGAAGCUCGACUGUGAGGUUGUCAUGACCGACAGUGUCGUUCAAAGAGCCGCCAACCUUACUUGGAGCCGCCCCACGCAGGAAGGCACUGACGAUGACGAGGCUCUUUUGGACGUGGUAGAGGAAGAUCCUGCCAUUCAGUCGUCUUUGGAUGCGCUGGCUGCCUGGUGGUCGAGCCAUCUGCUGCAGCGUGCACUGCUCAAUUAUUUCGAGGCGAGCUCUGGCGGGCCAGAUGCGAAGAAGAGCCGUACCAUUUUCAAAGCAAAGAUUAAACUUGCUCUGGACGUGGCCCCUCAGCCUUCGGCGGCCCAUACCCGCGCUCUCGUGAUGAAGUCCGUGUUCUUCGAGCAGGACCGCGUGGCUAACAUCGGAUCGGUCCUUGCCGCCCUUCCAAAGGAGAAGGGCAAGAAUAAGUCCAACCAAACCUUUAAAUUUCUCGACUCGUCGCUUCCCGUGUCUGUUCGCGAGGAAAUCACGAUCGCCGUUCGCUGCGCCAUGAUUGCUGCCGUUUUCACGGCACGCUCUACGGGCGACACCUCCCUUCCCGCGUCAUUUACCGUCGAGAAAGCCACUGCCUGGUUUAACAAAUUGCCUCUGGAUCCGGUGGAGCUGACCUUGGUCGGUUUCGCGGCCGUCUAUCACCUGCUCCAUGUUCUUGCAUCUGAUACCGAUUACCUGUUCUCCUCCGAUUCCUCCUCUCCGUCAUCCCCCGUAUCCAAGGCAUUGUCGUCCUCCGACGAAGCAGAUGAUCAGCCGCCGACCAAGCAAAUCCCCGUGCAGCCCAUCCCGAACCUGGGCCGCGUGGCAUCUGAGCUGAUGUACUGGGCUCGCAAUGCCUACAAUCCCGCCUUCUACGGCUUCACUUCCAACCUCGUCAAGGUGAUCGAAUCCGAGUGCACUUCUCUCUGCCACAGUGCCGGCGUUGACGUCACCGACUAUUCUUGCAUUCAGGAAGAGAGAAGCAAAGCGAGAAAGCAGACCAAGAAAAAGAGAUCAUCGCGACGGUCGAGGGAAAUCAAGGCAGAACUUCCGCAGCCGCCUAAAACCAUACCUGCCCUGAACAAUGCUGACGUAGCGCAUCAAAGUCUUGACGCCCGCCCCAUUGUACCUGACAAGACACAAACAUGAUAUCACCAGGAGAAAAAAAAAAAACAAAACAAAAAAAAAAGGGCAAGUACCUAUUUCUCUGUUUUACUACGAAUUGUUAUUAGUACCUAUUUGACAACAUUUCUUUUACAUCAUGU